AUGCCCGCAGAUUACCAGAAAGUAGGAUCUUCGAAUCGCAAAAUGACUGGUGAAGACAGGCAAGGACUUACUGUCCUCCACGAUCCUACGAUUCAUACCUCCGUUGGAGAGAAAGGAGUUCCUUUGGGUAAGGCGGUAUUCGAUCUGAUUGCUAUACAUGGCUUGAAUGGCGAUGCAUAUGACACAUGGACCCACAAAGACACCAAAGUCAUGUGGUUGAAAGACUUACUGCCCGAGGCAAUACCCAAUAUCCGGAUAAUGACUUUUGGAUACAAUGCUCGCUUCAAAAAUUUCACCGCUCAGCAAGACUUACGCAGCAUAUCCUGCAAAUUACUUGCCGAAUUGGUUGACUUGAGGACAACACACGAAGAGGAAACCCGCCCAAUUGUUUUCAUUUGUCACAGCCUAGGUGGGAUAGUCGCAAAAAAGGCAAUGCUGGUAGGAUGUUCUGAAGAGCAAGAACAAGUACAACGAUCAGUACAUGGGAUCUUGUUUCUUGGUACCCCUCACAACGGAAGCAGCCUUGCGGGCAUGGGGAAACUGUUGGCGAACAUUGUCUCUGCAUGCUCUCCAAUUAGACCGCCGCGUGUUCUCUUAGGGAGUCUCCAGAAGGACUCUGAAGUGCUCCUGGAAAUCACCGAAGACUUUAUUAAAAGACGAAAUAAAGUGCGCCUUGUAUCAUUCUAUGAGCUGGAGUUUACGCCUAUCGGCCCCUUUAUGAAGAAGCUGGUUGUCGAAAAAAGAUCUGCAGUACUCCACGUUUCUCAAGAAAUCACCAUCCCCCAGUACUCCGACCACCGCAAUAUUGUCAGAUUCAAGUCUCUUCAAGACCGCACUUUCCGUCCUGUACUGUGCAGACUCAAAGACCUCUUGGGCGAACUGGACCAUGAAUCCACCCGGCGGGCAGAAUCUAGUCCAAGGACAGAAGCUGCGAUACCAUAUGACGUUCCAAUUUUGCCAUGCUCGUCGUUUCGUGGUAGGGAUAACGUCUUGGGAAGCAUGAAGGCAUACUUCGCCGAGGACCAGGGCAAAGAUCGAAGGAGAAGAAGCUUUGCAUUGUGUGGCUUGGGCGGAUCCGGAAAAACACAGACGACUCUGCAUUUUGUUGUGCAAAACUUUACGACAUACAGGACCGGCGUGGCUUUCUUAAAUGCAGCUUCAAUGGCAUCUUUGGUAGCGGAUUUUGGUCGCUUGCAUGACCUCCUCCAGCUCGGAGGGGGAAAGGACAAAGUUCGCUCUGUCAAAACCUGGCUAUCGAGGCCAGAAAAUUCUCAGUGGCUUCUAGUCUUUGAUAAUGCUGACGAUUUAAACGUGGUGCCGAUUCACAGAUAUUUUCCUGCUGUGAAUUGGGGUCACAUCAUUAUAACCAGUCGCGACCAAGCUGUCAUUGGGAGCUUAGCGGAGGAAGGCCAUGUAUUGGAUCCCCUGACGACCGAUGAUGCAACGCAAUUACUGCUCGAGAGGUCCGGGAUUCGUUACCCUAGCCAGAUUGAAAAAGAAGAAGCAAGCAAAAUUGCGAGUCUUCUUGGAUCACUUCCUCUUGCUCUGGUACAAGCGGGGGCAUUUGUGCGCUCAAGACAGAAAACUCUUCAGGACUAUCGCAAGCUUUUCAUGAAUCGACGUAAUGACCUACUUCGGUUCUCACCACUUCUUGGAGGCACAGACCGUACCAUAUUCACGGCAUGGGAAAUUAACUUCAAGCAAUUGGAGCAAGAUUCAUCCGAUGCAAGGAAUCUUCUUCUCCUUUUUUCAUUCCUGGAGCCGUCAUGCAUCCCUGAGUCAGUCUUGCAUCGAGGUUCAAGUCCCCAACGGCGAUGGGGCGACAACGGCGAAGUGGUAGAAAUCCGUCCAGAAGGUGAAGGCGUCGACAUCUGUUUGUCCAAUAUCAUACAAGGUGACCUUGAAUUCGACAUGGCCAUUGAAAAGCUUCUUUCGUUUUCGCUCAUCUCUUGCAAUAAGGAAUCGGACGGGUUUAGAAAUUUCUCUAUUCAUCCACUGGUUCAGUACUGUGUUGCACAGCGUCUGCCACCCAUCGAAGUGAGCAAGUGGCGAUGGCAAGCGCUUUUAUUGAUUUGCCAUGCGUUUCCAAGGAAUAAAUACAUUGAGCCUCAAAAUGGAGAAAUUGGGAGAUUGAUGAUGUCGCAAUUAAGCCGAGUGCUUUCUGAGUAUGACGCGAUGUGUCUUGAGAAAGGGGAACAAGCUUCGUUUCGUCAUGAGCUGGCGUCAACACUUCUAGCCGCUUCGCGAUUCUCAGACUCGCAAUGGAAGAGCGAAGCUAUCUGCCGUACCAAACAGCUAUUGAAACAGGACAAUGAACCGUACAUUAAUGCUUGGCUUGCAUACAGAGAAAGUGCAGUCAUGCGGAUGUCAGGCAUGCUACAAAACUCGGAAAGCACCUUGCACGGCUUUCUGCAUCACUUUGCCUUGCCCAGUAAAGAAGAUCCACAAAUGACUCCGAGAUACAAUGCGCAACGAGGAGAACUUGUGAUUUCUUUCUCCGAGAAUUUAAUCCGUCAAGGGAGGCUUUCUGAAGCGAAGGCCGAAUUAAUCGAAUGGACACCACUUAGCAAGGAUUGCUCGACUCUUGAGACAAUAAUUUCGAGAGCGCGAGACAUAAUUCUUGGUAAGGUCCUUCGCUUCCAGGGUCGCUUCAGAGAGGCACUUGCUUUGCUUGAUGGCGUCAUUCAAGGCUGUCAUCUUGAUGACUUCUUUGAGGGCACAGGAUGGUAUCGAGUUCUUCUCUCGGAGGUCGCAGACUUAUAUUGUGAAUUGGAUCGACCCAGUGAUGCUGAAAGGUUGCUGCUGCAAGAGCUUACUCCAAUGAUGGAGAAGGGGACCCAAGACAUUGCUACGGGCAGACGACUACGAAUGUCACUUGCAGAAAGCUAUUUGCAGCGGAAGAUGUACGCUGAAGCAGAGUCUCUUCUGGUGGAUCUCCGACAGGCGUUUUUAUCAUCUGGCGCUCCAGAUUACACUGCCAAGGUCAACAUUUUCCGUAUCUGGGUGUCUCUUGCGAGAGCUUUACACGGGCAAUCUCGCUGGCAGGAAGCUCUGUCAAGUUGGAGGCAGGCAUUGUCAGCCUUGGAUAGCAUUAAGCUCAGUGGGGGCUUGAAUGCCGGUCUCGUACGAUGCUCAAUCGCUCAUGCCCUGUUGAUGAUGGGCCAUGAAGAAGAUAGUGCAAGGACUUCUCAAGAGGCAAAAGCAAAUAUGGCGUCAGAAUCUCGAGUUUACUGGAUUCCCUUGUUCAACUCCCGGUGGCACGAUUUCAUCUUGGAAAAAUUGCAGAAACAUUAG